AUGAUUGAGCCCGUUGAGGCAGAAUUCGCAUACCCUCCCAUCUUCAGCAACGCCCAAGAAGAGGCACUUCGCGAGGAAGAUGUGGAAGUAUUGGGUCGCGUCACCAGCGCUGGCGACCGCCGCACCUCGACUGGCGAGUCGACCGUGAUUCACCGUGACCCCAUCGACGUCGAGAAGGCCGGUGGCCGCAUCAUCGUCGACUUUGAGCCUGGUAUGGGUGAAAACCCUCAUGAAUGGGGCAAGGGCCGCAAGUGGUACUCCACUAUUGCCUGUUCAUUCCUCUGCCUUGCCGUCGCCCUCGGUUCAUCUAUGCCCACUGGUGACCUCCCCGGCCAGGCAACCACACUGCAUGCCAGCGACGAAGUCAUCUACCUUUCCAUCUCCCUCUUUGUCCUCGGCUUUGGUAUCGGACCCCUGGCGUUCGCACCUCUGUCCGAAGUCUUUGGCCGCAAGCCCAUCUAUCUUGUCUCCAUGUUCCUUUACUUCAUAUUCACCCUGCCAUCGUGUCUCGCCAAGAACUCUGCCACCAUGCUUGCUGGUCGUAUGCUCGCUGGUAUUUCAGCUUCCGCGCCCAUGACCAACGUUGGCGGCUCGAUUUCCGACCUCUGGAGCGUCGAGGAUCGCGGUAUCCCAAUGGCCGUCUUCAGCGCAACGAUCUUUUUGGGCCCAUGUCUUGGUCCCCUCUUUGGCGGCUGGAUUGCGGACAAGACUCACCAGUGGCGCUGGAUCUACUGGGUCCUCUUCAUGUUUAUUGGCGCCGUCUUCGUCUCCACCAUCUUCACCUCUGAGACUCUGGGUACUGUCAUUCUUCGCAACAAGGCCAAGAAGCUUAACAAGGAGCACAAGACCACCGUCUACAUUUCCAAGCACGAUGUCGACGCCGUCCCCUUCAAGGAGAGCAUGAAGGUCGCCCUCGUUCGCCCAUUUAUCCUCAUGUUCCUCGAGCCCGUCAUUCUUUUCAUGAGCUUCUACCUCUCGUUCAUCUACGCUCUGCUCUACGCCCUCUUCUUUGCCUUCCCCGUGGCCUUUGAGGAACUUCGCGGCUGGAGCGCGGGCAUGACUGGCGUCGCCUUUGUUUCCAUCAUCAUCGGUAUGCUCCUCGCCAUGGCCUGCAUGCCCAUCCAGGAGAAGCUGUACAAGCGUCACUGCCGCAACGGUGCCAUCCCCGAGGCUCGCCUUUACCCCAUGCUUCUGGGAGCAAUCAUUCUGCCCAUUUCACUCCUCAUCUUCGCCUUCACCUCAUACAGGGGCAUGACUUGGGUCGGACCUUGCAUCGCCGGCGGCCUCUUUGGCUACUGCAUGAUCAUUAUCUACAUUGCUGCGAACAGCUACAUCGUAGACUCGUACGCAGACUUUGCUGCGUCUGCGGUCGCUGCGAAGACGUUGAUGAGGUCUUGUGUUGGAGCUUCAGUUCCACUUUGGAUCACUCAAAUGCUUGCUGGCUACGACAGCGACCCUUACGUUUCCUUCAAGUGGGCAAUGCUCACGAUCGCCUGCGUCUCGGUUGUCAUCGUCUUCAUCCCCUUCAUCUUCUUCUUCAAGGGCGGUGCCAUUCGUGCCCGUUCUACCCGCGCCGUGAAGGACGCAUGA